AUGGACAAUGUAAGAAGUGUAAAAGAUGGUGGAUCACAUAGGAAGAGUGGUCGAAGUCCUACUAAAAGAUUUGAUUUUACUUUUCAAGAAAUUAUAGAAGUUGUGGACGAAACACCAAAAAAAGGAAAUCAACAAGAAAGAGUUCAAAAGGUUGAUCACAAUUUGGACAAAGAGACUAUUGCAAAGAAAAUGGAGAUAGACAAACCCUCGCAACCAAAAGUAAUGAAAGAUCAUGCACAUGGUGACAAAGAAGUUGUACAAGAAACACCAAAGAAAAGAACUCAAGUGAAAGCUACAGUGAAUAGAGAAAGAAUUCAAAAGGUUGAUGGAAAAUUGGACAACCACAUUGCUAUGAAGAAAGCAGAGAGACCUAAGCUUUUGCAACCACAAGCUAAGGAAGUUUUUGCACAUGGAAACAAAGAAGUUUCACAAGGAAUGCUGAAAAAAAGAAUUCAUGAGAAUCUACUAGAGAACAAUAGAGAUAAAAUUCAAAAGGUGGAAAAACCAGUUGCAAGGAGAAUACUUAUUUCUUCCAAAAAUAAGAAACCAGAGAAAUCUACUCUAUCUUUGGACACAAUGAUGUCAAAAGCUGAAUGCUCUAAAAAGCUAAACAGGGUGCCAAAAUGCCCAUCAAUGUUGAUUGAUGAUUAUGUAGAUAUUCACAAGUCAAAGGAAAUGGAUGCAACCAAGAACUUGACAAGAAAGUGUUCAAAAUCGGGCAAAAGUCAACGAAGAAGAUGCAAUCACAAAUAUAGAAGAAGAAAAAAAACAUCCCAAAGAAAAACUCGUGGGAAAACUUUGUGCAAAAAGAUUCAUGCAAGAACUUUGGAAGAGCGAGUAGAAGUGACCUUUAAUGAGGAUUUUCAGCCAAUUGGUCCUAGUGAAAAAGUAGUAUCUGACUUGAGCCUCUUCUUGGGAACAUUGGCUAGGAACUCAACAUUUUGUCCUCUACGUUACACCAAUUGGUCAGGAAUGCCAGAUGAUAAUAAAAACCGUUUCUGGAGAUAUACUAAUCGGAAGUUUAUCUUGCCGGUUGAAGCACGAGAUUGGAUUGAGACCACUGUUAGAGAGGCAUGGAGAAGAUAUAAGCACAAAAUUAAGAAGAAUCAUUUUUUGAAGUAUUCCAACAUGACCGAGAGACUCAAAAAUCGUCCGCCAAACGUGCCAAUAGCCCAGUUUAAGAGUCUUUGUGCUUAUUGGAGUAAGGAAACUAUACAAGCAAUCAGUGAAAAUAACACUAGAAAUAGAGCUCAACUAAAGUGGAUGCAUCGAAUGGGUCCCAAAAACUUUGCUUUGACUCGUGAAAAAGUGCGUGAAAAGGAAAAAAGAGAGCCCACUCAAUCAGAAAUGUUUGUUGAAACUCGAAAAGGAAAUAAAGGAAAGGAACUGGAUGUAGAAACUGGAAAAGUAAUUUCCCAACUUCAAGAAAUGGUUGAAAAGGAGGAAAGUGAUACAGAAGCUUUUAAAGUUGUUUUUGGAAAGGAGUGUCCAAGCAGGGUACGCUGUUAUGGGAGAAACAUAACUAAAACUUCCUUAAAGAGAAAGGCAGAGAUUAAUGCUUUGAAACAAGCCCACAUUGAAGAGGUCUCUACAUUAAGGGACGAGUUUCAAGAUAAGAUUGAUAGAUUGCAAAAUGCUUUUAAGACCGUAAUACAACAAUGCAAUCCUCAAAUUAAUAUAGAGUCAAUUGAAGAUUUGUUAGGAUUAUCUCAUGGAGAUGCUAAUAGUUCCCCAAAGGAUAUAAGACUGUAA